CACAAAAUAGCGGCAAUUGUUUCGGUUGCUGCUCUAGGAUUCCCCUCUGGUUCAAACUCUCGCCACACUUUCUUGCAACCAUGGUGGACAGCUCAAAGAAGCGCACACGCGACUCGACAGACAGUUCCAAUGACGGAUCGGGCUCUCGUAACUCGCCCCCGCCUGCGUCAAAGCGGCGCGUGGCACCCCGACCCCAGGAUGCUGAACUACUGCGCCAUCUGCCGAACUCCGAGAUGUACGAACGGUCAUACAUGCAUCGCGACGCACUGGACCAUGUUGUCGUGACUGCAACGGACUUUGUCAUAACAACAUCCGUCGACGGGCAUGUGAAGUUUUGGAAGAAGAGCUCUGACAAGGGGAUCGAAUUUGUCAAGCACUUCCGCGCGCACAUGGAGGCGGCAGUGGCAGUUUCGGCUUCGGUGGACGGCAAGAUGUUUGCCACGGCAUCGACCGAUCGGCAAGUCAAGGUGUUCGAUGUGGUGAAUUUUGACAUGAUCGGGAUUAUUUCUGUGGACUGCAUGCCACUGGCGCUGUGCUGGAUCAGGGACCCGCUGGACCAGUCGACGUGCAUUGCUGUAUCGGACAGCGACAGCCCGAACAUUUACAUAUAUGAUCCGUAUGCGGGGCCGGAGCCUAAGCGAAUUGUGAAGGGCGUGCACCGCAAGCCAGUCAGCCUGAUGGCGUACAACCCGGUGGCCGAGUGUGUGGUGUCUGUGGAUACAGGCGGUAUGGUAGAGUACUGGACGGUCGAGGAGCCGCACACGUUGCCGGCGCUCGUUGAGUUCGAGCUCAAGUCGCAAACCAAUCUAUAUGAGUUCAAGAAACGCAAGUGUACGCCCAACAGCCUGACGUUCUCGCCCGAUUUUGAGCUUUUCGCCUGCACAAGCACUGACGAUGCAAUCGUGCGUGUAUUCCGAUUCAGUACUGGCAAGCUGUACCGAACAUAUGACGAGUCAAUAGCAGCAGCCAGCAAGGUGCAGAGCGAAGGCGGUGGUGAUGACAGAUUCAAAUUGGACGGAAUGGAGUUUGGCCGGCGCAUGGCUGUCGAGAACGAGGUGCUCAAGUCUGAAGCCGGACGGCACAUGAAUGCAGUGUUUGACGAGAGCAGCCGCUUCAUAAUCUAUGGCUCCUUGCUGGGGAUAAAGAUCGUGGAUCUGGCAACUAACCGGGUGGCAGCAGUUCUGGGGAAAUCGGAGCCGCACCGGUUUGUCAACAUGGCACUGAUCCAAGGAACACACGAGCCAUUAGCAUCACGAGUCGACCUGGUGGCGGCAUCCAACCCAGGCGGCAGCAAAAGGGAUACCAUUGGAGACCCGACGCUGUUCUGCACAGCGUUCAAGCGCAAUCGGUUUUUUAUGUUCACUCGCGGCGAGCCUGACUAUGACUCGCGCGAUGUGUUCAAUGAGCGGCCAACACGCGAAGAAGCCUCGCUGGCGAUCGAAUCGGCGGCACGCAACAAGCAGCAGAAGGCUGCAAAGUCUGCAGUCAUCCGGACAACCCUCGGCGACAUCCACAUGCGUCUUUUCCCCGAGUACGCGCCCAAGGCCGUGGAGAACUUUGCGACGCACGCCAAAGACGGAUACUACAACAGUGUCAUUUUCCACCGUGUGAUCAAGCGGUUCAUGGUCCAGACCGGCGACCCGCUUGGAGACGGCACCGGCGGUGAGUCGAUCUGGGGCAGCAGCUUCGAGGAUGAGUUCACGCCGAUGCUAAGACACGACAAGCCGUUCACGGUCAGCAUGGCAAACUCGGGCCCCAGCACCAAUGGGUCCCAGUUCUUUAUAACCACAGUCGAGGAAGCGCCGUGGCUCGAUGACAAGCACACGGUGUUUGGGAGGGUCACCAAGGGCACCGACGUCGUGCACCAAAUUGAAGAGGCCAAGACCGACAAGAACGACAAACCGUUCGACGACAUCAGCAUCAUGAACAUCCAGAUCAACUAUGACUGAGUCUUUUUAUGUUACAAAUUA